GGAUUCGGUGUCUGUCACGAUGUUACCGUAAUCGAUGCACUGUAGCGAUAAAUGAUAAAUAUUUCAAACAUUCACUCGACGAACUUUAGGAACUGAGAAUAAUCACCAGGAAUAUUUCUUAUGCCGGGUAAUUAUAUUGAAUAUGCGAAUUGGCUUCUUGUUCACUUUUUAAUCGUGUCUCAAGCUUGACGAUUGAAUAUUGCUGAGAGUAGACCGCCGGAAUAUAUCAACGUCUUAUUAGAGAUGGAAUAUUUGAUGAGGAUGUUGAGUCCCGCUGUCCGUGGCUGACUACUGAUCGGCGGCAGAAAUCACGAGGCGCCGAGUAAGCGUCGAAUGGUCACAGCAUCCGACACUCUCCUCUCUCCACACUCUCUCCCAUGGACCUUGAUCCUGCCCCUGCAGUCUCCGUGCUCUUACUUCCUCGAUGGCUACAGCCGCAUAUGAAUGUCGUUGACGUAUGCUUCGGAGCUCCAGGAGAUUGGUCGGACAUUCUGUUUUCGGAAAAUAUGCCGAUUCAUGGAUACAGACGAACUCACAACAGUCUGAAACACGGCAUAUUCACUGUAACCCGAAACGACUUUGACGUUAUCCCAACUGAAACGUCCGCGGAACUUUUAUUGAGACACCAUGAUCAUUACAUCAAAACACUUGGAAAGCCAAACGCUGUUGUGAUGCACGUUGAUCGAGUUGACGACCUUGAACCGAUAAUGGCAAACUUGAAGUACUCUACUUGGAGAACGUGGAGAACCAGGAUACGCUACCUUCUUAUUGUACCAAAGACAAUAUGUAACGUGGCUGAUUGCAACAGAAUGUUCAAAGUCAUUUGGAAUUACUGGAUUCUCAAUGCCGUGAUACUGUGUUCGUCGAACGACACCGAGGACUUUGUGAAAUUGGACAGAGUGAAGUUAUACACUUAUAACCCGUAUUCGUCGGACCACUCGCAACGGUGGGAAACGGUUCUUCAAGAAACUAUCGAAGUCCCUAUAGAACCGGAUAAUUUUAACCACUCCUGGCACGUAUUCAGGAAAGAUUUCACCGCGAUCCAAUCUCUGGCAGACUGCGAGGUCUUGUUUUUUGACAAAACCCUAAACAUGGAUGGAUACUUGAUCCCGAUCAGUAUGUUUUUAAUUCGACCUAAGAUACUUUUGGACCCAUACAAACCCGGAAUCGGAAAAUGGAUCGGACCGGAUGGUUUGCUGCUUCGUACACUUGCCACAAAAUUAAAAUUCAACGUAGCCGAGGUCUUCAACGGAGAACCCGAUCUUUAUGGACAACUACUUGCAAACCGUUCGUACACCGGUGAAUUGAAACUCACGUUUUACGGGCUGUCCAACAUCGUGACUGACGGUCAUCUCAUGGGGGAUUUACCUGGUCUGGAAAUGACCUAUCCCCACUCAUCGACCGGAGUGUGCUUUGCAUCUCGUGUGGCCGGCUUGUACCCGCAAUGGACGAAUAUUUUCGUCGCUCAAAAUAUAUGGAUUGGACUUGGGCUCGGCACGAUACUGAUAACCGUCAUUCUCUAUCUGCGCGAUAAGUCGCAGGGUCUGAUACCUGCUCUUCUCAACGCCGAACGAUUUAUUCUUGGUAACUCAAUAAUUCGAUUACCAGAGUCCAUUGAGUACCGAUUAAUUUUUGGAUCGAUUUUUCUCGCGUUCAUCGUUAUCGAUGGAAUCUUCAGAGGUCGUUUUAUAUCAAUCCUAGCAAUCGCACGACGACUUCCGAAUUUAGACACCCUCGAGCAGGUCAAGGCACAAGGAGUGGAAAUCUACGGUUACGGGCCUCUUGUGGAUUUGAUUGACGAUCCUGUCUUGAAGAAGGGUUAUCACGACCUCCGCCCGGAACGUUGCCUCGCUAGGAUCGAACAAGACGGUCAACAGAGAGCCUGCCUCGCUCAAUGUUUAACGUUACCAGCUCUUACGGCAGAUUUUAAUAUGGCAAUCCACAAAGCUUCGACCAUCAUCGGAAAAAACUAUGCAGUGUACAUUUCAACACUGAAUUGGCCAAUGACAGACCGUUGGAACUUUGAUAUACAAAAACUGGUCGAGGCCGGAGUCAUUAACAAAUGGCGUGAGGACCUUGGCCGAGAUAUGGAACUGAAAUCAUGGAGAACGAAACGGGCGGCGGAACAGCCGUACUUCAGGCCAGUUGAGCUUGACAGCUUGUUUAGUGCUUUCGUCAUAUUGGUCUUGGGACUCCUAAUUGCUCUGAUCUCUUUUGCGUGGGAGAUGAGAGCCCGACGUCGGGUAACUGGAGAGGAGAAAAGAGCGUAUACACAGAAGAGAUCGACUGACAGGAAUACGAAACAAAACGUCGAUCAAGCAACAGCGAAUUUUCACUGACGAAAGAAAUCAUUUGCUACUGCCAUUUUUAUUGUAUUUCAGAUAGCACCUCAUCACUGUAAUGGACAGUUGCAAUAUGUUUUCGAGAUCGCUCACGAAAUGAGAAUACAUAAUUUCAUGUUUUAUCAUCGCUAUCCGCAGAAUAUCACUAUGCUUUACGUAAACUUUUUGUAUCGUGCACUGAAGAACUUUACGGCUAUUAAAGUGUAAUAUUUAGAUUGGAACACAUAAAUCUAGAAAAUCUUUUUUCUUUCCUUCGUUUCUCUUAUAAUUAUUUUGAAAUCGCGAUUCAGUAAUUGCUUGAAGUUUUGGGACUAAUAAAUAACUCUAGGCAAACAAUGAUGAACUUUUGUUUAUAUCCCUGAAAUCGGAGGGCAA